AUGUGAUGAAUGUUUACUGUUGUUACAUCGGCCACCAACCAUUGAGCAGCUUGCAGGAACGUAGGUACCUAACGACGAAAUCGGUUCGUGCAGCUUAGUUCGAUCACAACACUUGAUAGAGUAGUAUGCUUGGAUGGACUCCAGCAAGUUGAAGUGUAUUCUUUGCAAGCAAUAUCCCAAUGGGGAAGUGUACGAAUGCGGGUCACAUCACGUAGGAUGUAUUCCAUGCGUGGUCAAACUGGACUUUCGCCUGUGUACGUGUUCCGAGAGCUUCAACAGAAAAAAAGAUAAUCCAAUCGAGAAGUUAGAGAAGCGUACCAAAGUUAAUUGCGAUUAUGAAGAAUCCGGUUGUACCUGGUUAUUUGCGCCGUCGGAGCUAGGUCGGCAUUUGGAGGAAUGUAAAUUUCGUCCCUACCGUUGCAUUGCCCAGGUACUCAACGUUAUGCCAUGCACUUGGACGGGAUUACAGCAUGAAGUUGAGGCUCAUCUCAAGCAAGACCAUAGGGCGUUGGGAACGCCCUACAGCUAUUUCCAAGAAUCAGGCAAGGUACCAUUCAUUACAACGAAAUCUAACGCCCUCAUCAAGCUGGUAGAUGCUUUCAGUAAGCAUUUCCUUUUCUACUACUGUUCGAAUGUCGACACUCAGAUGGUUUACUUUAUGAUCGUCUACUUUGGACGUCGCAUGGAGGCUCGCCAAUACUUUUAUGAAUUCGAUAUUCGAUCACCGGUGGAGCACGGAAUUCCCAGGGUAAAGUUCGUCCAGCAGUGCGUUGCCGAUUGUGAUGACUUGGAUGAGCUGAUGGAGCAACAGGAAAGCUGCAUUGCUGUCUCGUUCAAAACGAUCAAACACUAUCUGCGCGGGGAUUCGAUUCCGUUUCGCUUCAUCGUGAAGAAGGUCGCAGAUAAAACGACGGCUCGCGAACGUAAAACUGCUGAAAAUGGGAAGAAGCAACUGGAGACCACCAGAAGGCGAACUCCUUCGAACUCGUUCUCCCUGGAUGAUCCACCGUUGCGUUCGAUUCAUGUGGUCCCGGCACAGGAUUUGUCUGCCUUUCCUAUAUUUUGAAAUAAAUGAGUACUGUUGUGCGAAA